CUGAAUUAAUGGCAGAUUAUUAUGGAGUUGAGCAACCGAGGAACAUGCCAAAUUCCAACCAAUUCCCAGUAGAACCUGUGCAAAUAUCUGACCUUCUACCAAAGAGGGUGGCAACCAUUAGGCCUGUUCAUAUUUCAGAGAUCUUGUCUUAUCCCGUUCAACCACCAGGGGGUCCAGUCUACCUCUCAGAUAUCUUGCCUGGAACGGUAUAUCCAACGAAUAAAUCUUCGUCUAAAUGGGUGGAUCCGUUCAAAAGUGAGGGUGGUGAUGAAGUUCAAAAUGUAGAAAGAAGAAAAACCAUUUACAAGCCACCUCAUCUCAGGGAUAAAAAUAUAACCAUGUCUCAUACAAAACCAUCACUCAGAUUGAAGUCUUCAAGAAACGGGGAUGAAAAAAAAGUGGUAAGAACAAUUGAAGAUGAGUCAGAUUUUGUUUGCAGGAAAAAUGUUUUGGAGAGCAAUAUAUUUGGUAUAAAUAAAGUGUUUGAGAACACUGACAAGCCGUGAGGACUGUGGAACCACCAAAAAGAAAAACCUGAACCGACUAGAUAAAAUUUGUCAAUCGGAGAAAGGGAGAUCAACCUCUAAGGGAACCUCAGAUAAAGAAGAUGAAUACGACCAAAAUGUGGAUACAAUACAAGAAUGUGCCAAAACAGAAGACUGAAGCAGUGAAUUUAGUAGAAGAGAAAUCACUGAAAUUAAGACCAGAAUGGAUGUGGAAGACCAAUGACAAGAAGGAACAGAGAUUCAUCACACAUGAAGAUGAGAUUUUCCCACCAAAUAAAGGCAAGACGACGAAUCCUCUACCUAAUGAAACAGUUUCUUACAAUGUCGUGUUAUCAAAUUUGAAAAAUGAUGGAGCAGCUAAUCAGAAGGCAGAUAAUGAUUUUCCCAGCAUAAAGUUCAAGAAAGCAAUUAAUCAGAAGGCAGUGAAUUAUUUUCCAACUGAAAGUACAAGAAAGAUACUAAUCAGAAGAUGGUGAAUGACUUUUCCAGUACAAGGUUCAAGAAAGUUAUUAAUCAGAAUGCAGCAAAUGAUUUCCUCAACAUAAGGUUCAAGAAUGCAAUUAAUCAGAAAGUAAUGAAUGAUUUUCCCAUCAGAAGGUAAUGAAUGAUUUUACAAGCACAAGGUCCAAGAAGAUGAAGCAAGCGGAAUUUCGAGAAGAUCCAAGAACCGUACAAAAUAGAAGAAUUGUUCAACCAUUUUAUGGGGGCAGCCAACAUGAUCCAGUCCCGACUAGUGUUACUCAACCCAAGAAAUACCAUACCUAAGUAAGUGCUCAAUUCUAUCUAAGGGCGGCGAACGCUCAUAAAACUUAAGGAGAUUUUUUUUUAGAAGUCCAAUAUCUCUCUCAUAGUGU